AUGCAUUAUGAAGAUGAAAUGGACAAACACCCGCGGGAGUACGCGCCGUAUCGAUCCACCCUGGACGAGUGUGAUCGGGCGUUAGCCGCGCAAGACCUGCACGAGAACGAGGACACACGCGACUCGUCCAUCGCGCAGCUGCGUGAGUUCAUCGCCAAACAUCCGCAGAUCGUACGAUGUCGCACGGACGCAGUGUUUCUGCUGCGGUUUCUGCGCUACCGGAAGUUUAACGUUGCCGACGCCUGCGCAACCCUGGAAGGUGGUAUGGCGUUUCUGAUGCGCAUGAGAACGCUGUACGGCGACGAGGUGAACACCUUCCAUCCGAAUGUGCUGCGGAUGCUCGAUCUGGACGCGAUCGUACCGCUUGGGUUCGAGCGGAAGCGACGCAUGGCGAUCCUCGUGCGGGUCGGCGCAAUGGACCCGAAGGAAACGACUGCGUUGCUGCAGAUGAGACUGGGUGCAUUGGUGAUAAACACGUGUUUGGAGUACGAACGGACGCAGGUGCACGGGACGGUUUGGAUAGUGGACUGUUCCGGGAUGACGAUGGCACACGUCGGUGCGUGGGGGCUGACCGAGGUCAAGAUGAUGGCAGAUUCCAUCAACGAGGUCGUGACGAUGUUCGUGAAGGAGGUACACAUGGUGCAGGUGCCGAGAAUCACCUGGAUGUUGCUGGACAUUCUGCUUCCCCUGCUGAGUCCCAAGAUAAGAGAUCGCUUCAAGUUCCAUCGUACACGCGACGAACUACGCAAUUCGGUAGACCCAUCGAUCUUGCCCACCACCUACGGCGGACAGCAAAGUUUGAAACAGGCGACCGAUAACUUUCGGCGCAUGUUCGAAACGCAAACGAAAUGGUUCAAGCUCGAGGAACAGUUCCUGAUGGAUCUUUCCGUACCGGCGCCGGGUGCGGGUGGUCGAACAGCGCGCAACAACCAGCGGAACGAGUUCCCGGGCGAAGAGUGCAUGGUGGGUAGUUUCCGGAAGUUAACCGUCGAUUGA